AUGGAAUAUUUGACGUUUUGCGAUGUAUGUAAAGUUACUCCCAUAGAUACAGAUAGACUAUCACUAUCAUCAGAACCGAGAAGUAGAUUUUGUUCAGAAAAUUGUAGAAAAGAAGCUUAUGUUCUUGGUUUAGUUGAUAGAGAAAGAUGUCGUCACUGUGGGAUUUCACCAAGGUUAAUCCUUUCAAAUGGUAGGAAAGUUGAUUACUGCGGAAUGGCUUGUAGAAAAGAGGCUGAAAAACUGAAAAGUAGUGGAAAUUCUAAAUCAUACAACUACUCUGGUAGUAAUAAACGCUCUUCAGUAAAUCUAAUGUUGACGCCGGAUAAACCUGUUUAUCAACCUAAAUCCAAACCAACCACUUUAAUUCAGAAUAAUGGCCUUAACAUUAAGGCUAGUAAAAGUUAUGAUAGUUUAUUAUCGUCAUCAGCCCCUUCACGUCCUAAUCCAAAACGUAGCUCCACGAUUCCAUCAGAUAGUCCACCAACCCCAACAAAAAAAAAUUCGUCAAAUAGUUCAUCUUCACUUUUGACUGCACCACCGCAUCAUAAUUUUCAACCACGUUCGUUUCAUAAUAGUCUUUCAUUACGUUCUCCAACGAAAAGACGUUCGAUUAAUGAUGUUGAUCCUUUGUUUUCAGUUAAACCACCAUCUCCAAGAUCCAAUAGUUCAUCCAAUAGUUCAAAUAGUAAUCUCUCUUCACGUUCACCAACUCCAAUAAAAAGACGUUCGAUCAAUGAUAUUGAUCCUUUAAUUUCAAUCACACCACCAUCACAAAAUUCGAACAAUAAUUUUUCCCCACAUUUACCAACUCUAACAAAAAGACGGUCAACAAAUGCAAUCGAACCUCUUAUUUCAAUUUCAUCACCAUCUCAAAACUCAUAUAAUCAAUUAAAUAAUUCAUCGUCUUUUAUAAAUCCUCCACCACCUUCUCAUUCUCGUCGACCUAGACCUACUUCUCACGUUCCUACAAUUAAUAGGAAUGGGCAUACAGUUCCAUUGAUCAGUUUGAUACCACCAUCUUAUAGUACAACACAUACUAAUUAUAAUAAUUACAUUACAAAGAAAGUCUGA